CUGUGGCUGGCUCGCUCCUUCUCGCGUCGUCUUCUCCCCUCCUCCCUCCCCUUUCCCUCUCCGCUCUCGCGCUCUCGAUCACCGAAAUCCCUCUCCCCGCUCGGCACCACAAAUUCGCGCCCCCAGAUAUUUUCUCCCCCUCCACUCCGGUGGUGGCCCACGAGAAUCUCCCCGCCGUCGCCCUCGGCGAAAACCGACAUGCGUCGACGUCGCUCGCCCCAGCCGCGGACGACGACCUCCUCCCUCGACCGACGCCACACCUCCUCCUCCUCCACUGUUUCGCCGCUGUAGCAACAGCAGCAAGCAAGUACGAUCGCCGCCGUCCUUUCCCCCCUCCCCUCCCCUCUCGCCUCGUCCUUUGUCGCCUUACGCGAAGGUUCGCUGCGGGAAAAUCUAUGGACUUCGGAUAGCGAACGGCCCCGCACCGUCGCUUCCUCGCUUGCCUUUUUUAAGCCCCCCUCUCUCUCGCCCCUCAUCUCUCUCUCUCUUUUUCUCUCGCUCGCGCUCGCUCGCUGUCGCGUCCGAUUUCGCUCGGCCUUCGAGUAUUUUCCGGAGCAGCAAUCAGAGGAGGACGCGCGUACAUGGGAUUGAGCUCGAACUGCUCAGCAGAAGGCAUCGAAGGAGCUGAAGAAGGAGCGGCGUCGGGAUGGGGUCGCAAUCGGCUCUGAUAGAGCAGUCGUUCGAUGGCCGCUACUCCCCCCACGCGCGCGACGCCCUCGACGAGCUCCCCGACAACUUCACCAUCACCGACCCGUGCAUCUGCGGCCACCCCAUCGUGUUCGCCAGCCGCGGCUUCCUCAAGAUGUCCGGCUACUCCCGCGAGGAGGUCCUCGGCCGCAACGGCAGGAUCUUCCAGGGCCCCGCCACCGACCGGCGCUCCGUCAUGGAGAUCCGGGAGGCCAUCCGCGAGGAGCGGCCCUUGCAGAUCAGCCUCCUCAACUACCGCAAGGACGGGACCCCGCUGUGGAUGCUGUUCCACAUGAGCCCCGUGUUCGACCGCGACGGCGGGGCGGUCGCGCAUUUCGUGGCCGUCCAGGUGCCGAUAUCGAGGCGCUGGGGGCGGUCCUGUUCCGCCAACGGGAGGAACGGGGUCAACUUGUGCGAGGAGGUUGGUGGCGCGCUCAGGGAUGUCGUGUUGGGCUCUUGUAGGAGGGAAGUGUGUUCGGAUAGUUUGGCGGAAUUGGGUCGUGUUUCGGCCUUCGGUUCGGUUUUGGAUUCGGAUAGCAGAGGGAUAGAGGCAGAAGAGCCUUGUGAGGCGAGUGAUUCGGACAAGCGAAGGGCCGCCUCUGCUAUCAGCCACAUUAUGUCGGUGCUUACUCACUACAGUGAAUCAACCGGCAGGCUGGUUUGUGGGAAGCGCUGCUUAUGUCCCGGAUCCAGUCCUCUCAGUUCAUCUGUAAUUAUAUCUCUUGGUAGAAUCAAACAAAGCUUUGUAUUAACUGAUGUGCACUUACCAGACACGCCCAUUAUUUAUGCAAGCGACGCCUUUUUAAAAUUGACAGGGUACUCUAGGCAUGAAGUGUUGGGGCAAAACUGUAGGUUCUUAAAUGGGAUGGAUACGGACUCAUCAGCUCUAUUUCAGAUAAAGGAAUGCAUUCGGAACAGAGAACCAUGCACAGUACGUAUUUUGAAUUACAGUUUCUGUUUCCCUGCAGGAAGGAUGGAAAUCCGUUCUGGAAUCUACUCCACAUAUCACCCGUUCGUAAUGCUUCUGGCAAGAUUGCAUAUUUCGUGGGUGUUCAGAUCGAAGAGGAUCGUGAAAACCAGGGUGGAGAUGGACUGAGCCCCGAAAUGAGGCAACGUAGCGCUGUUGGUGCGGUAAAGGUCGCAUUGAGGACUAUGUUGAUGGGUGCUGGAACUUCAAGAUCAUAGCAAAACGAAUCGGCCUUUCGCCUUUACGUGGUUCAAGUUACGUUCUCUACCAUCCCAUUUAGUUGUGACUGAACUUCAAAUAUCUGUUCUGGGUUACUGCUAGUCUAGUACCCAGAUCACGUAUACGUGGGAUUGUCUCGUAAGGGGGACCCUUGUCAUAUGGAGAUUGUUUGAUAUAUGAAAAUGCUUCAAUUUACAUGUUGAACGA